AUGAUAUGGUUUAGGUUUAAUUUUUCUUCCGAAAAGAAAAUUUUUUUUCUUUUUUUUUGGGCUCAAUAUAUGUGUGAUGUACCAACCCAAAUGAGCACGGAUAAUAGCGCUGCAACAGAUUUAGGGAAUAUGACGAAUCCUUUGGUCGAGCUGGAUAUUGCGAAGAACGUGUUAUUAAGUUCUGCUGCGCCAACGGUUUCAUUGGAAUUGAAUGUCAUACCUCCCCAAUUGGUGAGCCAAACUCCCUUGAAUGAAUUGAAUGGGGCGGGUGAAAAUGAAAAUAUGAGUCAACAAGUUGUUGAGAGAAGGGGAGACGAUUUGGCAGCAGGAAAAUCCGAAAAUUCGUCUCAUUGUCUCUCUUGCAGGCCCGAGAAAGAAGAAAACACGAGUAGUUCAUUAGAAACUAAGCCUCAGACAGUUCCCCGUAAGCUUAAGAAUGCAACGGUUAGUACCCUGACAGAAGACAAAUCUUUGCAGCGUAUCCGCUCCUGGCUCUUGAAGCCCCUUUUGUACCAGAACCUAAAACAGGAUACGACGGAAGAAAGUUGUAAAGAAACACUACUGCGUCUUGCUGAGGAUAAAAUAUAUAUUUAUGGCCUUUACGAGCGCAUGGAACGUGAGAAUUCUGUUGCUGUGAAAAGGCCAACCCGUCGAAAACGCGGAAAUUCAUCGGAAGAAGUGCACGGUUCAAAAAAACAUUGUGUUCCAGGAAAUGUUUAUGAAUCUUCUCGUUCAGUGGAAUUGUCCUUUUCCUUUUCUAGAUGGAAAAAUGAUAUUGGAAAACCAAUUAUUGAAGUAGAAAAGCAACUCUCAGAGUCUUUGCAAUCGACCCCUUUAUUGGCACCCGAUGAAAAACAGACGUUUUCACGGUAUGCGUUGAGUAGUGGAAAACUGAGGAAGGAGUGUGCUGAUCCGUAUCAGUUUUUGACAGCAAGAUUGCUUGAUCGUCGUCAUAUUUUGGAGUUGUUGCUUUCCUCUGGGGUCAAGAAUGAGGAUAAUAAAAGGGAGAAUGUCUAA